AUGUUUGACACUUCUCAUUACCCCUUUAACUGUUUUAACUAUGAUGGAGACUCAUACGCUUCAUGUAGCACCGAUCAGGAGAAGAAGAUGUGUCGACCUGCCUACAGCUACAUUGCCCUGAUCGCCAUGGCGAUCCAGCAGAGCCCUGAGCAAAGGGUCACCCUGUCAGGAAUCUAUGAGUUUAUCAUGAGGAGGUUCCCGUACUACCGCUCCAACCAGAGAGCCUGGCAGAACUCCAUCAGACAUAACCUUUCGCUCAACAGUUGCUUCAUCAAGGUUCCCAGGACAGAGGGAAACGAGAAAGGUAAAGGGAACUUUUGGACUUUUGCCACAGGAUGCGAAUCCAUGCUUGACCUCUUUGAAAACGGCAAUUUCCGGCGUCGCAGGCGCAGGCGGAACAUGAAAAUUGGCCUCCGCGAUUCGGGAGAGGCUCUGCUCCGGCCUGCGGAGAGCCUGGGCAAACAGCGCGCCCCCGUGGUCCGCCACCCUGAGGCAGACUCUACCCUUUGCCCUUCAAACCCCCAGAGGCCUCGAGCAUCCCCCACGGUUAACCCCUUGGCCCCAAAACCGGAGUCGGAGAUCAAGUUCAGCAUUGACUACAUCCUGUCUACGCCGGACCCGGCUAUGCCCGGGAUCAGAUCCUCUCACAUCGGCCAAGUGCACAUUGGACCACCCAUACAUGUUCUGGAGCACCAACACCUCAACCUGCACUUCUGGACCCUGUGA